AAGAAAGCAUUCCCUACCUGGUUUAUAUCUGCUUGCUCCACAUCUAUGUGUAGUGAUAGGACAAAGGGAAUGGCUUUAAACUGGAAAGGAGAAGAUUUAGAGGAGACGUUAGGAAGAAACUCUUCACCAUGAAGGAGGGGAGGUCCUCCUCGUGGAUUGCUCAGAGCAGUGGUGGCUGCUCCAUCCCUGGAGGUGCUCAAGGCCAGGUUGGAUGGAGCUUGGAGCAACCUGAUGAGGGCAGGAUGAAGGUCCUGGGUGCUGUGCUGCUGGUUCUCAGCCUCCUCAGCACCGCGGUCCGUGGGGAGCAGCUCUCCUGGUCAGACAAACCUUCGAAGACCUGCUUGUUCCAGAGGCUCAGCAGCCCCGACAGCGAGUUCUGCAGAGGGGGUUUAGAAGUUAUCUACCCAGAGCUGGGCGACGUGGGCUGCAUGUACAUCCCCCAGUGCCACCAGUACCGCUGGCGGAUCAGCAGGGAGUGGGGCAACCCCCGUGUUCGGUACCCCCAGGCUGAGAAGAACAAGAAGUACGUGCUGGUGCUGGUGGACCCCGACGCUCCCAGCAGAGCCAACCCCAAGAAGCGUUUCUGGAGGCACUGGCUGGUCACCGACAUCCCAGGUGUGGAACUGCGGAGUGGGGACAUCAAAGGGCGCCUGUUGACGGAUUACAUCCGACCCACGCCACCGCCCCGCAGCGGGUACCACCGCUACCAGCUCCGCCUGUACGAGCAGCCGGCUCACGAGGCCAUCGCCCUGAGCCCCGGGGAGCGGAUCUCUCUGGGGGUGAUGGUGACAAUAUGAGGACAUGUGGGUGCCCCCCAUGGCAAUGUGUGACGUGGGGCAUUUCAGCAUCUCCUCCCAGCUGGGAUUCUGGGAUACAGGGUCCAUCCCAAGCAUCCUGAGACCUCCUUCCUGGGCACCAGAGCAUCAUCUUAAGCAUCAGAGCAUCUUCCCAAGCACUGGUGUGCAUCUUCCCAGGCACCAGAGCAUCUCCUUGGGCAUCAGAGCAUCUCAUUUGGCACCAGAGCAUCUCCUUGGGCACCAGAGCAUCUCCCCAGGAACUGGACCAUCUCCUUGGGCACCAAAGCAUCUCCUUGGGCAGUAGAGCAUCUUCCUGGGCAUCAGAGCAUCUCAUUUGGCACCAGAGCAUCUCCUUGGGCAGUAGAGCAUCUUCCUGGGCAUCAGAGCAUCUCCUUCAGUACCAGAGCAUGUCCUUGGGCACCAGAGCAUCUUCCCAAGCACUGGACCAUUUCCUUGGGCACCAGAGCAUCUCCCCGGCCGUGUCCUCUUGCCAAUCCAAGAGGUCACAGGGUGCAAUGCCAGCCCCCCGGAACAUCUGCAGAGUCCACUGGUGGCUUUUUGGUCAUGGGUUGACCCACGGCAGGGCCUGACUCAAUGCUCAGGAGGGGAGGCAGGCGAGGAGAACUGGUCUCCACGGGUGCCCUGAGCCAUCGCUGCCCCGUGAGGGUGAUGCAGCAGCUCAGCACUUUUGCAAGAGCGAGAGGAAGGGUUUGCUCCAGUUGGGGCCGAGAUGUGGCGGCCAGAUAAGAGCUGCCAGGCUGCAGCGUGACAUGAAAGAGCAGCACCAGGAAGGGCAGAGGAAGGGAGGAUGGGUUUCUGAUAAACAAUGGGCCCCUUUCCCCUCUUGCCACACCACAGCUGUGUCCCAUCCCGUGUCCCAGCAAGCAGGGAGGGAGGUGGCGGCAUGAGCUGCUUGAGUCCCAUCAUCCUUGGGAAAAGCCCCACUGGCUGGAGUGGAGGAUGCUCCACAACCCAAAACCACACUCAACAACGAACCCUGGCAGGGCACUGGGGAAUUUCUGGCCCUCAAGGCUGGGCACAAGGGAUUCCCUUCUGUCUGCUGCCCCGGAGAGGGUUUCCCCUGCCACCUCCAGCAUAGGAAACCCCAAGGUUGGCUCCAGGCACAAAGUGGUCCUGGACCUCCGGCACCCUCAGGUCAGGGCAGGAGGCAGAGAAGGGGUCAGAGAGGAAGAGCCCCACUGCUCCAGUGAUUUGAGGAGCAGCAUCUUGGUGCAUGAAGGGAUGAGGGGAUCUCCUGCCAUCUCCCACAUGCACUGCCAGGGGAUUUCCAGGCACCCCCGGGUGGGCUCGUAGGAAGCCGUGGGCAGGUCUGCUCCAAAGGUCAGGAGGGGCGGAGAGAAGAACCAGCACCAUUUACCCGCCCCGGGGAUGCUCAGGGUACCCGUGGCUUCCUGCCCUCUGGACCCAUGGCCUCGUGCCUCCCCGCCUGCCGCAGUCUGCAGGAUGUGGUGUGCAGCAGCUCGGGAGGAGCAGCAGCUGGUGCAUGGCAUGCAGCAUGCAACCGCAGCCUGGAUGCAGCUCUGGAGCAUUUCUCCCGGUCGCAGCCGCCUCACAGCCCUGCU